AUGCCCAGACGUCAGCACCAAGCACUUGAGCUGCUGCAGUGCAACAUCAACCACUCCGCCCGCGCGCAAGACCUCUUGCUGCAACAUCUGGCGGAGUGGGGCAUUAGUGCUGCCAUUGUGAGUGAGCCGUAUUUUGUUCCCCCUCUCCCAACAUGGGUGGGGGACACGGAGGGAGAGGUCGGUAUGACCAUCCCCCGGAUGGGAGACCGGCCUCCUCUGGUAAAACAGAGCGCAGGCCGGGGCUACGUCGCGGCUAGAUGGGGUGACAUGAUUCUUGUCGCCGUAUACUUCGCCCCAUCCAGACCGCGACGGGAAUUCGAGCGUCUCCUUUUAGAGGUGGGGCGGAUCGUUGCGGGAGCGGCGCCCACGCCUGUGGUGGUGGCGGGGGACUUUAAUGCCAAGUCUCCGGUAUGGGGUUCCCCCGUCACUGACCUGCGCGGCAGGAUCCUCUCUGACUGGGUGGUGGCAUCGGGGCUGUGCGUCCUAAACCAGGGCACUGCUGACACUUGUGUACGGUGGAAUGGGGGCUCUAUAGUGGACGUUUCGUUCGCUACCCCUUCCGCCGCUGCACGUGUCACAGGUUGGCGUGUCCUGGGGGAUGUGGAGACCCUCUCCGACCAUUUAUAUGUUCGGAUGUCGGUCUCCAGACCGGCUUCGGUGCGGCCGCCCAGUCAAGGUCGCAAUCUCCCAAGGGACCGGUUCCGCAAGUGGAGCCUGGCCAGCCUCGACGCUGACUCAGCUGAAGAGGCGGCCAUGAUAGAACGUUGGCGAACACCAUCGCCAGACCGGUCCCUCGACGUGGAGGAGAGGGCCUGCCGCUUUCGGGCGUCGCUUGUCGCG